AUCCCCCUCCUACUCAGUCCCAAUUGUACUACUCGCCGCAAUUCACAACCAUUUGCCUUACUCUGUAGUCGAUCACCUUUGGCUUAGCGAUCAAUAGCCUGUGAUUUGUGCUGUUGCCCCAUAUUUCGGCGCCCAUACAAAUAACCCCGCAGUUCUCCAAACUCGCAGCCUGAUCGAAAAACAACAACACCACCGCAAUCAUGUCUGAAGGCGACGUGAAGCCCAAUAACGGCCCUGUAGUGGCUGAGGCCCAUCAGGUCGAUACCUUCCAUCCUCCCAAGAAGAUGUUGGACAAACACCCAAGCAAACCUCAUUUGAGUGGCCUUGAGGAGUACCAAACCAUGUACAAGGAGUCGAUCACCGAGCCGGACAAGUUUUGGGGAAAGCUAGCCCGCGAGCUGCUCACUUGGCAGAGGGAUUUCCAGACAGUUCACUGUGGCACCUUCACCAAUGGAGACAAUGCGUGGUUCCUGGAAGGUCAACUCAAUGCUUCAUUCAACUGCGUCGACCGUCAUGCGAUCAAGAACCCAGACAAGCCAGCAAUUAUCUACGAGGCCGACGAAGAAGGCGAUGGACGAACCCUCACAUAUGGCGAGCUUCUCCGAGAAGUAUGCAGAACAGCAUACGUCCUCAAGCAGAUGGGCGUUAAGAAAGGCGACACAGUAGCCAUCUACCUCCCCAUGAUCCCCGAAGCACUCAUUGCAUUCCUCGCAUGCUCCCGCAUUGGCGCAGUCCACUCCGUCGUCUUUGCAGGUUUCUCGUCCGACUCCCUCCGCGACCGUGUCAUUGAUGCGCAAUCCAAGGUCGUCAUUACAACCGACGAGGGAAAGAGAGGAGGAAAGUUGAUUGGUACAAAGAAGAUUGUGGAUGAUGCUCUCAAGCAAUGUCCAGAUGUUACACACUGCCUGGUCUACAAGCGCACAGGUGCAGACGUUCCCUUCACCAAGGGUCGUGAUUGGUGGUGGCAUGAGGAGGUUGAGAAGUGGCCUUCAUACAUUGCUCCUGAGCCAAUGAACUCUGAAGAUCCGCUUUUCCUUCUCUAUACCUCUGGAUCGACUGGCAAGCCAAAGGGUGUCAUGCACUCGACUGCUGGAUACCUCCUAGGAGCUGCUGCGACUGGAAAAUACGUCUUUGAUAUCCAUGAUACCGACAAGUUCUUCUGCGGUGGUGAUGUAGGAUGGAUUACUGGUCAUACAUACGUGGUCUACGCUCCUCUUCUACUCGGUGUUGCGACGGUCGUUUUCGAGGGAACUCCAGCUUAUCCUAACUUCUCAAGAUAUUGGGAUGUUAUUGCGAAGCACGAGGUUACUCAGUUCUACGUUGCUCCUACUGCGUUGAGAUUGCUCAAGAGAGCUGGUGAUCAACAUGUCAAGGCUCAGAUGAAGCAUCUUCGUGUCUUGGGAUCUGUAGGAGAGCCAAUUGCUGCCGAGGUCUGGAAGUGGUAUUUCGAGAUUGUUGGAAAGGAGGAAGCUCACGUUGUAGACACAUACUGGCAAACCGAGACAGGAUCUAAUGUCAUCACUCCUCUUGCUGGUAUCACACCUACCAAGCCAGGUAGUGCAUCCCUCCCAUUCUUCGGUAUCGAACCUGCGAUCAUCGACCCCGUUUCCGGUGAGGAGAUUCACGGAAAUGAUGUCGAGGGUGUUUUGGCUUUCAAGCAACCAUGGCCUAGCAUGGCUCGUACAGUUUGGGGUGCACACAAGAGAUAUACGGAUACAUAUCUGAAUGUCUACAAGGGAUACUAUUUCACUGGUGAUGGAGCAGGUCGUGACCAUGAAGGAUACUACUGGAUCCGCGGCCGUGUCGAUGAUGUAGUCAACGUCUCUGGUCACCGUCUCUCAACCGCCGAAAUCGAAGCCGCACUCAUCGAACACCACGCCGUAGCCGAAGCUGCCGUUGUAGGAAUCAACGAUGAGCUUACUGGACAAGCAGUCAACGCCUUUGUGGCUAUCAAGGACGGAAACGAAAUCAAUGAUCAACUCCGCAAGGAUCUCAUCUUGCAGGUCCGCAAGAGUAUCGGUCCAUUCGCUGCACCAAAGGCUAUCUUUGUCGUUCCUGAUCUGCCAAAGACGAGAAGUGGUAAGAUUAUGAGGAGAAUUCUGAGAAAGAUCUUGGCGGGUGAGGAGGAUCAGUUGGGUGACACUUCGACGGUAGGGUCCACUUUCCGACUUUUUGAUUGUUAAACUGACGAAUUGCAGCUUUCGGAUCCAAGUGUGGUUGACAAGAUCAUCGAGACGGUACACGAGUCGAAGAAGAAAUAAGUGGCAGGUCUAUGGAAUUGAUACCGAAUUGAUUUGUUUGGGAUUAUGAAUGAGAAUCACUGGGAGUUUAGCUGCUGGUUCAUUGUUCCUUUGUAUCCUAGGUACCGGCAAGCAAAAAUGCAUUAUGAGUUUGAUCAACAAUAUGAUCCAUUGUCCAGAAAGAAAUCAAUGUCUGGAAGAGCAGCCAGGUCACGCUCCAUCCACGUGAAUGUGUUAGUAUCUUGGCAAUCAUCAACUCCCAUCCCUUCUCAUCUCCUUUCUCAU